AUGAAUAUUUUGUUAUUAUUAUUUUAUGGGGCCAUUCCAUAUGUAUAAUCAAAUGAUACUUUAAUCAAUGUUUAAGCUAUUUGGAGACAUGGAGUAAGGGACUUUUAUUAUUGUAAUUGGGGAUGUGAUAAAAAAAAUGAACCUGAUGGCGAUGCAUAAAUUCUUACACCUGCAGGCAUGAGGCAAUAAUAUGUUUUAGGAAAAUGGCUUAGAUAAAGAUACAUAAUUGAUAAUCAUCUUCUAUCACCAUAAUUUAAUGAAAAUGAAAUUUAUAUAGAAAGCACAGAUUAUAAUAGGUACAAAAUAUAUCAAUUUGAGAACAAUUAUGAGUGCUUAUAGCAAUUUAUAAGGAAUGUAUCCAGAAGGCUUUGAAAUUCCAAAUGUAACUGAAGAUAAACUUUUGCCUCCGAAUUCUGGUAGUAAAUCUCCUUCUAUAGGAAAUUAUGCUCUACCUUAUAAAAUUUCAUUAAUACCAAUUCAUACAAAAGAAGAGGAAUAAGAUUAUGCUUUAGCAAUUUAUUGUAAAACUACAGGAUAAACAGUUCAAUAAAAUAAAUAAACAGAGCUAUAUAAUACAAUCAAUUCUGCAAAUUAAACAUAAGAAUUAUUUAAAAACUNUAAUAGGAUUUAAAUUAUAGUGAAUUAUAAAUAGAACCAUAAAAAAGAUUCCCUUAUUAGACAACAACAUCUAUAUAAAAUUCCUUUAAUGAAUGAAAUAUAUAUUUGUAUAUUUAUGAGAUUUGCUAUAAACUCAAUAUAUAUAUAAUGA